CAAACCUGUAACUGAAAAAGAUGUUAUUUGAAGAUGGGCAGUUCUUGCAGCAGUUCUGUCGGUAAUGAUGUACAACAGACAACCAGUCCUCCUAUUUCCUCAUUGAAAAAUUCUACUGCAGAAAACAGGAUUAGUACCUGGUUUGACAUCCACACCAUUACCAAAAAACUGAGUUUAAAAAGGCGGAAGUACAACAUACAACUAAGGGGAUCUAUUUAUAGCUCGGAUGAUGGCGAUUUUAUAACGAGUCCCAUAGCUAUUUUGAAAAUUAACAUAGAUGUAACAAAGAACUCGAGCUCGUCGUAUAGUAAAAUCUCACCAAUCAAAAAGAGUCAUGGUGUUCUUAAAGAUCCAUCUGUUGACUGGGGAGAGCUGCGCAUCCAAAAACAAGUACCGAGAAGCCUGCCACCAAUAUUACAAACAGGGGUAACAACUAUAUAUGGCAUUCUUGAAGAAGACAGCCCAUUAUUAGCAAAUGUGACAUUAACAGGCACAGUAGACAAAAAUGAGUUCGAGAUUAGCGCCUCUAUCGACAAUGAUUCCAUUAUAUCUGAAGAUGACGAAUAUGAACUACGUAAAUAUAUACAGAAAACGGAAGAAAAGGAGGAAAGACAAAAAAGUAAAACAGAAAAAAAAUCUCUCAUUAAACAGUCGAAUGUGGAUGCUGGAUAUGAUAGCUGUCCAGAGACAGGCAGUCAAAGAAUUUCACUUGCUUCUGUAAAGAAUGCAUUUACUGUAAAAGCACAAAAUACUCGUAAAACAAGUAUAAUUGUCCACAGAAAGAAAACACCAUCAACCUGCACAAUUAACAACUCAUUCAGAGAAGCCUAUUUUAACUUACGGAACGACGAGGAGGACUUUGAUUCUGCCAUCAAACGAUCUCGACGAGACACACCGGUUCAUGGUCGACUCGGCGUACCAGUCAAAAGUACAUGGCGUUCAACUUCGGAACUACUACGAGAAGACACUGUAGAGGAGAAUGCAUACCUUGGAAUACCGAGAACGAGGCUGAGAAGUGAAUCAUUGAUGCCGGCAACAAGUCUCUGCGGAAGUAACGAUGCACUGUUACUGAUACCCAAUAAAAACGAAGAGGAAGAAGAUCUGAACUAUAUUCAGCAAUAUAACCCAAUAAAAACUGGAGUGUCAGAGAGAAACAACUCAUUUCCGAAUGAAACUGUUUUAAAAAGUAGGAGGAAAACAGUUACUUUCGGAAUACCCUUGACGUUUGGAAAAUCACGUAAAGAGAGAUGUUUAUCCCUUUCUGGAAUAGACGGUAAUUUCAUGGGACUUAUAUGAAAAACAGAAUACGCAAUGCCUGUUGCCGACUACUUAUGCCAGUUGCUGAAUAUGUAUUGCCAAGUGCAACGAGUUUAAUGAUAUUUAUUGUUUUUUUAUUUAUUUAUUGUAUUAUUAGAUUCACUACAUUUAGAAAUCGAAAUACCAUUGAAAUUCAGAAAAAAAAUCCAUUCAGCAUUACACUCAAAGCAAGGUUUUCUCUGUCAGAAUUAGUUUUUAUUACAGAAUGAGACGUUUUGUAUUCCGGGUUUCAAGUGAUAGUUGUCUGGUUGUGUCAUAUGAAUUAUACAGUUAAGGAUAUUAUUCCUCAAUUCAUAUUAGAUUUAAAUUUAAGAAAUUAGAUAUCCAUAUACAUCUUUUAAAAUGGGUCAAUAUGCGCAAUUCAUUUCGGGUAUGCGGCAAUAGUAGCCGUUUCUUCCCUUUCUCAGUCUAUAUCGAAAACAUGGAUAUGAACGGUUGCACUUUUUGAAGCUGGUACAUUGUAUUUGUCCAGUAGGUAAAUUUGCAGGUACAAUGUACGAAGUAUACUUGUAAUUGAAUAUUUCACAAAUACAUAACUCCAGAAAGACCGAUGGAAUGCGGCUUUCUGAGACGGAUUUAGGGGAGGGGCCCAGGGGGCCCGGGCCCCCCCCCCUUUUUUGGGGAAAAAUUUGGUUGCUUAUAUAGGGAAUCACUGAAGCGUGACUGGAGCGGGCCCCCUCUUAGGUUAGUCAGUGGGCCCCCACUUUUGAAAAUUCCUGGAUCCGCCACUGGCUUUAAGAAAAAAUAUCCACAUGUUUGCACAAUUCAAUUUCUGAAUAUUCAGUUCUAAAGAAAAAUUUUCAUAACUCCAAAAAAUGUGUACACGCGUUAUA